AUGCAUAGGCAACACGAUCUCAAACUCGCUACCCGGAAUUUUAGUUCAGAGUAUUUGAUUGGAGAGGGUAGCUUUGGAUCAGUUUACAAGGGUGUUCUCAAUGAUGGAAGUUUGGCAGCUAUCAAGGUCUUCAAAAUGGGACAACAUGGAGCUUCCAAGAACUUUCUAGCUGAAUGCGAAGCUCUUCGACGAAUCCGACAUCGGAACCUCGUUAAAAUCAUAAGUGUAUGUUCAGCAGGCGAUUUCAAGGCACUAAUCCUUAAGUUCAUGCCAAAUGGAAACUUGGAACAGUUACUUCACCCAAGAAGUGAAGACUCUGAGGUAGAAAAAGCUCUUGGCAUGAACCAGAGACUGAAGGUAGAUCAAGAUGUUGCCUCAGCACUAGUGGCGGAUAAAGGAAUUAAAAAAUGGGUCCAAAAGCGAGGGUAUUUUGAUAAUUUCAACUAA